AUGGCGCGUAUCAUACAGCAGCAAGUGAUAGUCAAUAACGGGGGUUGCUUCCGAAUGGAAGCCCCCAAAGCCGAUGAACGCCCCCGUGCCCUUCGUCAGAAGGAAAAAAAGAAAACCCGAAAGAUGGAUUCAUCCAUCAAAAUUUUGCGGCCCGAAGUCGAUCGACUCGAGAAGGCCGCCGCUGCCGAAGAAGCGGAAGUCGCGCGCAAGCGCACCAAGGCCAAGGAGCUCCUGAAGGCCAUCAAAGAGAAGGAGGAGGAGAAGGACAAGGAGGGCAAGACUGGUGCCUUGGUUUUCAGAUCCAAGGAAAACGAGAUGGAUAUGGAAUAG